UAAAUAUCUUCUGUAAAUGAUGUAUAAAGCAGUGUUACAGAAGUCAAUCAGAGUGAGAAGUGUUAGUGAGUGUCGUCACAUUUCCCACGUGACGUCAGACCGGGUCUGGAUCAGUGAUUGGAACAAUCUCAUCUUCACAAACACAGAAGGUGAUGAACUAAGUUGUCUAUCAGACAUAGGAAGUUAUUACGGAGGCCACACUGUGAACAUUGAGGGUGAUUUAGUUUAUAUUGACAGUGCGCAUAACGUCAACAAACAUUCUUUAGAUAAUACAAUUAGGACAACACUUAUAAAAUACCAGCCACCAUGGAGACCUCUAUGUGUCUACAGCUCCUCCUCCACUGGAGAUCUGCUGGUCGGGCUAAGAAAUACCGAAAGAAAAACAGGCAAGGUAAACCGUUACAGUAAAAUCGGACAACACAUACAAACCAUACAUCACAACAACACAGGACAGGUACCGUAUAGUUUACCCAUCUACAUCACUGAGAACCGCAAUGGAGAUGUUAUAGUGUCUAAUUGGGACUGUGUAGUUGUGACUGAGUGUGAAGGGAGAUAUCGCUUCUCCUAUACAGGACCUCCAUUAGGAUCUGGAUUAUGGCCUCGUGGAUUAAGUACAGAUGCACUAUCACGCAUCUUUGUGUGUGAUCAUAGGACAGACUCAGUACAAAUGAUUGAUCAGGACGGACAAUUCCUGUCGCAAAUACACAUACCACAACACGGUAAAGACAAACCAUGGAGCCUGAGUUAUGAUCAUGAAACUAAUCUUUUCUGGAUUGGAUCAUUGAGCAACAACACAGUUAACUUAUACGGAGUGAUAAAUGACGACCCUAUCACUGAUAUCGUUGUUGAGUUGAAGAAGUUCUUGAGAAAGGAGAAGACAACUGUUUCCCAUGCCAGAGGAAUACUUGUUGGAUGUGCUGGGGCUGGAAAAACAACCUUUUUGAAGAGAUUAAGAGGGCUACUUCACGAUAUCACUGAAGCUACAGACUCAACCAGGGGGCUGGAAGUCCAUCAGCAUCUCUUCAUUGUUAGAAAAGGGAAUUUAGAAGUAGUCGAUGAUGCAUCUCCAUUGAAGACAUUUAUUAGGAUAAAUGCCACAGAUUUAAAGCCAAGCAUAAGUGAUGCCGUUGCCCUAUCCCAUUCAAAUGAAAAUAAAGACCAUUUGGGAGAGAAAAAUGUUGAUAAAGACAGUGAAGAUAUUCAUAGCAGAGAUGAAAAGAAAGAAAAGAAUAUGGAGAUGUCGUCUAGCUUACCAAAUGAAGGAAAAGUAAAAGUCAAUACAGUAGAAGUAAUGGCCAGUGUUCUCUCUUCAGAAGCACAGAAAAUGGUAAAAGAUGAAAUUUGUCAGAAAAUCUUGUCUGAAAAAGAGAACUUACCAACUGUCAGCAUGCUGGAUUUUGCUGGUCAGUUAGCGUAUUAUGCCUGCCAUCAAAUUUACGUAACCCCAAAGGCCUUCUUUAUCCUUGUGUUGGACAUGACUAAGAAGUUUGAAGAUGUUGUCGAUCAAGAGAGAGAUUAUCAAGAAGGAUCAAUCUUCUCUGUGUGGACUUACAAAGACUACCUGAAGUUUUGGAUUACCUCAAUCAAGACUUUUGGAGGCACUAAGGCACCACUGUUCAUUAUUGUCACACACACAGAAAGAAAAUCUACUGAUGAAAUAGAGAAGUACUUUGAAGAAUUCUGGAAUGCUGUACCAGACGAGGACAGAGAUUGGUUAAGUGAGUCUCUCAAUGAACGAGAUUAUGCUGUGGGUCUAGUUAAACUAAAUGACAAUACAAAGAAAAACCUGGAAUCGGUGAAAAAGUCCAUAGUUGAACUAUUUUCAGAUAAGCUCAAUACAAAAAUUGAAAUUCCUUCUUCGUGGGCUUUAAUGGAACAAUUAUUGUAUGAAGGAGCCUGGAAGCUUUUAUCCAUUGCAGAAAUUUGGAGGCUAAACUCCUCCCUUCCUGAUGAAUACCAAAUAAGAAGUGAAGAGGAAAUGUCAAAAUUUUUAAAGUGUUUCCAUGAUAAUGGCAUUCUUUUGUAUUUUCAAGAUGGGAAAUUGAGGGAACAUACAGUACUAGACAUUCAGUGGUUUGCUACAGCUUUCAGUAAGAUUAUUGCUGAUAAAAACCAUAUAAAUAAGGACUGCAAAACAAGAUUAAUCAAAGAAUGGAAAUCCUUUAACAAAACAGGGGAACUUAAAGAUAAAUUGGUAAAUGCACUAUGGAGAGAUGAACCUUUAUACUUGACACAUAAAAGUGAAAUUAUGUCUUACAUGGAGAAGCUUCAAAUGCUGGUAUCUUUGGACUCUUUUGUGGCUGUAUCAGAAGGUGACAUGUCAUGGUAUGUUCCCUGUAUGAACAAAAAGCAGUUUCAAGCUUACUUUUGUGAAGAUAAAUGGGAAUGCUCCUCCAUUUUGUGCUAUCGAUUUACUUCGUUUGCCAUGUUUGUGUUCUACAGACUGGUAGCAUACUGCAUGGGGUUUCUGAGAUGGAAUGUUUCAAAUGAUGGAGAUCAUGAAGGAAGUCUAUGUCUCUAUCAAACUGCAGCCGUGUUUGAUCACAAAGAACACACUGUUGUUGUUGGCUUAUGUAAUGACGAAAUUCAAUUACAAGUGUUUCGAAUCAGACCAUUGACUGUAGAUAAAGAGGUAUCAAAUGAAAUCGGAGACUCCCUUGAAAAAGCCAUAGAAAAAUUGACAGAAACAUUUAUUGGCACAAACAUUUUCCUUAAAGGAUUCAAAUGCCAAAACAUAAUAUGUUGUGAGAAUGAUCUGUCUUUCACACUUAAAAGUGAGCUGUUAGAAAUCAAAGCUGAAGAAACGCAGUGCAAGUGUCUACUUCAAGAAAGACAUGUGAUAAAUGUUCAAAAGACGCUUGGUUUCUGGGAAAAGAGCACGUUGGGCGAUUCUGGCAGCCAAAUGGCUUCUUCACAAGUGCUGGAGGGUAGAACAAGAUUUGCCAAACUUGGAAUGGCAACAAACGAUGUGUUGAAUCAGGCAUACAGAGAUAUUCUUGAAUCAGAAGUACCUCCCUGCUAUAUUGAGAGCAAGGUGAAUUCAUUAUCAACAAAAAAGAGAAGAGAUCUGAAGUUGAAUCCAGACCAAGAAGAUCUCUUGAGAAAAGCAAUGCAUUCUGGAUAUAAAGAGUUUGAUAUUUCAUUAACAUACAAAAUGAUUAGAAACAUUUGUUCAACGAUCCCUAAACCAUCAAAAGGAGUUUGGGGAGAAGAGCCAUCAGGAGGAGAGGUGACAGUGGGUGACGAUAUAGAGAGAAUUAGGUCAAUACGAAAUAGACUGACUGCGCACGUGAAUUCAGCCUCCACCCCUAAGACAGAAUUUGAUGACACCUGGUCAACAAUGUCGGAUAUCUGCCAAAGAUUGGAAACCUUCACUGGAAAGAAGUAUUUGGAUCACCUGAUUGAAAUUAAAAAAAUCAAUUUGAGAAGGGAAGAUGAGGAUGCUAUUAUAAAGAAUGUUAAAAUGCAAGAAAUCUUGGAGAAAAUGAAAUCCAAUGUUCUUGAAUUUGAAACAAUGUUAAAGCCUUAACUACAGAUUAGAGUGCCGUUUGGUUUA